UGCGAGGUGUGAUGGAAUGAUCCGUUGGUCGUCGGGUGACGUGGUGCGGUGGACGAAGCGCAUCUCGGCGCUGGCGAGGAGCGGGCGCGAGGCGGAGGCGGUGUCGGCGUUCGCCAGGAUGGACGCGGCGCCGAACGCGCUCACGCUCGCGAGCGUCCUCCCGGCGUGCGCCGGGCUGCGGGACCUCGCCCUGUGCCGGGCCAUCCACGGGCUCUGGCUCCGCCGCGGGGGCGGCCACGGCGCCAACCCGAUCCUGGACAACGCCGUGCUGGACGUGUACGCCAAGUGCGGCGCCCUCGCCAGCGCGCGCCGGCUGUUCGACGAAAUGCCGGAGAGGGACGUGGUCGCCUGGACGACCAUGGUGUGGGGGCUCGCAAGGAGCGGCAGCCCCCAGGACGCUGUCGCGAUGUUCCGGGCGAUGCUCUCCGACGGCGUCGCCUCGCCGAGCGAUGCCACGUUGGUCAGCGCCCUGCACGCCGUGGCCACCUCCGGUUCUUUGGUCAGCUGCAAGCUGCUGCACUCGUACGCCACGAAGCAAGGUCUCGGAGGCGAGCUGGUCGUCGGCAACGCAUUCAUCGAUGCCUACGCCAAGUGUGGUAACGCCGGGCUGGCGUUCAAGGUGUUCGUCGAGCUCCCGGAGAAGGACAUGGUUUCCUGGGGCACCAUCACGCGGGCCAUGGCCGUGCACGGCCGGCACAGGGAGGCGCUGCAGCUCUUCUCGCUGAUGCUCCGGCGCGGGGUCCGGCCGGACGCCGCCGUGUUCCUUGCGCUGCUCACCGGUUGCUGCCACGCCGGGCUGGUGAGCCAAGCGCUGCUGCUCUUGGACGCCAUGGCGAGGGUGUACGGGAUCUCGCCGCGGGGGGAGCACUACACGUGCGUGCUGGACGCCUGCGGCCGGGCCGGGCAGCUCGACAGAGCUGGAGAAAUCUUCAGGCAGAUGGCCGUGGAACACGACGCUGAUCAGAAGGCGUUUGGAGCUUACUGCUCUUGUGCCGUGUCCGAUGGCGUUGCCGGUGCCGCCGGCGAGCGGCUGGCGGAGCUGUUCCUCGACGGAGAAGUAGACGCCGGAGGAGGCACAUAUGCUCUAAUGUGCAAGUCGCUCGCUGGUGCAGGGAGGUGGGAGGAUGCCUGGGCUGUCCGCGAGAGGAUGGUUGCAAGAAGGAUUGGAAAGGCAGCUGCUUGUACCUGGAUUGAAGUGUAGCAUCACUCUGCUUCAUUAUCCCGGAUGGAAAUGUAUUUGUGUAAAAAAAAAGCAUUUUGGAUUUAAACAAUUCAACAGUGGUUUUAACACUUUAACUAGAGGGUGUGGUUACAAGUUGCAGAAGAUGGGUUGUCAAACACCUGA